AUGCCCGAAGCACUAGCGCUAGUUUAUAGACAUUAUUAUACUAUCGCUAUAGCUAAUCAAUGGGUUGCAAUGUGCAAAUCCGUAAGAAGAGACGGAUUAAUCACACACUUCAAACGUCUUUUCGCUCCAACUUCAGAAAAAUCAUUUACUACUUGGUUCGGUAAUGUGAUUACACCACAAUAUAUUUUUAGACCAAAUUCUCUUGAAAAUCUUAAAGACAUUGUAAAAAACGCGAAAACGAAUGGAAAAAAGAUUCGAUGCGCGGGUCAAGGACAUUCGUGGUCAUCGCUGUCGGUCACCAAAGAUUAUUUAGUGGUUGUGACUGAUCUAGAUAAAGUUAUUGAAAUAAAAAAGACAGAGAAAUAUGGAUGGACUGUUACUGCACUAGCUGGCACACAAAUCAAAACAGUCGAACAAGCACUAUUGAAGAAUAAUCCACCCUUAGCUUUUGAAUCAAUGACCGUACCAGAUACCUUUAGAAUUUCUGGUAUUGUUGCAGUUGGUGGUCAUGGUGGCAAGACCGGAGGUCCAAGUAUCUCUGACUUGGUUGUCAAGCUAGAAAUAGUUACUGGUGAUGGUGAAUUACAAGAAUUUUCUAAUGAAAAAGAUCCAGUAGAACUCAAUGCUGCACGAGUAAAUUUAGGAUUACUGGGUAUUGUUUAUUCCAUUACUUUUCGCGUCGAACCACUUUUUAACCUACGCAUGAAUGAUAUUGUAAGCCCAAUUAAAGACGGGCUUAAACCUGCAAACAUCAAACAAGCUUUUGACAAUUCGGACACUAUGGAGAUUUUUUAUUGGCCAUUCAACAAAGGUCGUAUUGAUUUAUCAAAUGACGACAUUUGGAUAAAACAAUUUGUCAGAACACAAGAUCCACCAACAACAACGAGAACAAUUCUUAACAAAAUCCUUAACGAUGCUUUAAUUCAAGCCUCUAAUUGCUCGGCGGAAAUUUUUCUAGAACAUCCUAAGCUCACUCCAGCUAUAAAGGCAGCACAAUGGUUAAUAGUUAAAAAGACAUUUAAAAGCGAAGUGAUGACAGCAAUCGAUGGUAUUCAUUAUCUAACUGGAACUGAAGUUGUUCGAUACGAUGAUGCAGGAUUUGUAUUCAAAGUUGACCCGGAUUUUACGAAUGUCGCUACUGAACUUUUGUUUCUUAUAAACAAGAUCGCUGAAUAUGCGAACAAAGACAAGUAUCCUAUAAACCUUGCUGCUUCAGCUAGAAUUCUACGAGCUUCUGCUGCUUUAUUAUCGCCGGCCUUUGACAGCGAUCCGAAUGCAAUUUAUUGUUUCAUUGAAAUCGGUAGUAUAAAGAGUGAUAGCUGGGUUGAAUUUUUGAAUGAGGCAAGCGCACGAUGGACUAGUAAAUACCAAGCUGGAACUCAUUGGGCUAAAGAAUGGGAAUCCUUGCCUGGCAUUAACCAAUCCCUUCGAAAAAGUUUAGGGAAUCGACUCGAGACAUUUGAAAAG